UUUUGGUUUUUGCCAAAAUAGGCGUUUUUUGGAAACAUGUUUUUCACAGCGUAUUAACUUGAAAAUAUACAACGAAAUUGUUAGGUUAGGCAUAGAGAAAGUAACUUUUUAUAUACUGCAUCGUUUGUGCAUCACAUAUAAUUAUAUUGCAUCAUAAUGACAUCAUAGAUGUAAUCUUGCAUCCACAACCACAUAAUGGUAGAAUCCGUUACUAAUAUUGCAUCGAUUUAAACAGACCAAAGUGUAAGAAUGUCGUUAUAUUUUCAUAGAAAUUUUACGAACGAAACGAAUACUGUGUUGUGACAAGAUAUUUCAUUAUGACAUUGUACUCCAAGUUAAUUGGACUUUGAAAAUUUUUAGUUAUUAAUUAGACACACAAAAUCACCCGUUUUCAAGGGUAAUGCGAAAUAUGAAGAUUUUCAGGCACUUUGCUAAAUUGUAUCCUAUUGUAUUUCAAAUAAAAAAUUACGCAUCAUAUGGACAAUGUUUUCCAAUGUCAAAACCUAACCAUCUAAUAUGCUUCAAGCAAUGGACGGCUGAAAUGGUGAUGAACAUUAUAAGCAGUGCGAUUAACCUGAAGUACUGCUAUAAAGACACUCACUGUAAACGAAUGAACGUUCUCCAAGAUUGCAAGAUAAUGGUUCUGCAGGAGGUGAAUGAGCCCGUGCUGAACAUGGCGGUAUCGAAAGCCGCGACUUUGCUGGGAGCGUAUGAUUGUAGCAUUAUUGAUCAUGUUAUUUGGAACCAAGACUACAAUGGCAGUAUUUUUUCAUACAUGGCGGACGCAAUAUUCGUGGCGACGUCGACGCAUCACUGCAUCCAACGCUUUGCAAACCAAGCUACAGUGCCAGUCAUGUGCAUGAGAUCUAGGACUCAUGCCAGCAUCCAAGCGCUUUCUACUAUCAUGGCUAUUAUUGAAGAAUUUGGUGAGAUGAGAUGUCUAAACAUUGGGUUCAUAGGACCGCCACACCCUGUGUUAAAUUCGUAUCUGCUGCUCUGUCCUAUGCUGGGAGCCAAUAUCAAGUUUUGCUGCUGCUGUCCAAAGUGUCCAGUAACGCCACUCCUCUACAAAGCAAGCAAAGAACUCAAAGACACGACCCACACCGAUGUGACCACGUGUAAAGAAAAAUGUGAAGUGUUAAAAGAGACUGAUGUCGUUAUCGCCGGCCCUACUACUGAAAAAAAGGAGAAGAUCCAAUAUUUUACCUUUACUGUAAAAGAUAUUCAAUGUGGUUGCAGACCACACUGGAUUUUCUUCCACACUUGUCCGAGAGGCGCUGAAGUGAUGGAUGACCUCUUCUACCAUGAAAAUACACGGACAUUCAAAUGUUUUGAGAACAUGCAGUUUAUAGCUGCUGCUCUGAUGGCAAAUGGUGUCAAAGGGCAUAUAUUUUAGACUGCUUUGACAUGUUGGGAAUGUAACAGUCGCGGAGUAUCAAAUUUAUGAGAAAAAAUUAAGUGAACUGUGUUAUAAGUAGUGGACUAAUUAAUAUAUUUUUCAAUAAAAUUGGAAAAUUAUUUGUAACUUAAUUUUAUUAUCAAACCAUAUAUGUAUAUAUUUCCUACUGAUGAUGAAAAAAUUGGCAUUUUCAUGUUUUAAAUUGUGAUCAAAAUAAUAUAUUUAUUAAAUCAAUU